AUUUUUGUAAUUGCAAAAUCGGCAGGUGAAAGGGGGAAAGGGAAAAAAACUCCGCCUCCCAGGCCAACCAGCCCCACCCCUUCGAUCGAUCGAUCCCGCCCCUCAAUUCGCGCCUUGGCGUGCAAAAUUAUCAUGACGGCGCUUCUUCUUUUCAAUCUCCUCCCCUCGAUUCGCUCCGCCUAGGGUUCCAAUAUCUUUGCGCCCAGAUUCUCACAUUUCAAUCCUUCGAAUUUGUUUCUCCUAUUUUCUCUUUGAAUUCCCAAUUCAACCCGUUCCAUAUCCCUCAUCGAUCCUCCGGCCCGCUUCAUCUAGAAUGCCGCCGUUCAGCUCCACGUCCACGGCGCUCCGGUCUCUAUUAGCCCGUUCUGGUCGCUCAGGACAUUUCGCGGUCGCCCCACCCAAGCACAAUCAAAUUCGGCGCUCCAGAAGCGUUGCCGGAGUCUCGGCUCCAUCCAGUGUAAUCGAUUGCCGGGGUGAUUUCAGCUCGACGUUAUUGGGGAGUUCGUAUAGCGGUAGCUCUGCGGUGCAGCGGAGGCGAUUCCUCGGAUGCGGAGACGGGGAAGAAGGUGGUGUUUUGUCCAAGGUUUACGAAGAGAGACGCGUCUUAGGGUAUUCUCCGGAGCAAUUGUUUGACGUGGUGGCCGCGGUGGACUUGUAUCAUGGGUUCGUGCCCUGGUGCCAGCGGUCUGAUGUUAUCAAACGAUACCCAGAUGGAUCAUUUGAUGCCGAGCUGGAGAUUGGGUUCAAAUUUCUGGUUGAGAGCUACGUUUCUCACGUUGAAUUGAAGAGACCAAAGAUGCUCAAGACUACUGCAUCCCAGAGCGGCCUUUUUGAUCACUUGAUAAACAUAUGGGAGUUUAAUCCAGGACCUGUUCCAGGCAGCUGUGAUCUUUACUUUUUAGUAGAUUUUAAGUUUCAGUCACCACUCUACAGACAGGUAAGCACAAUUUGCUUUCAAAGUCUCAAACUUUUUCUAUUUUAAAUUUUGGCACAUCUCAUCGUGCAUAUUCACUCAAUCCAUAAAGCGCUUCCAACAUGUCCAUGCAAUCACUGUCAUUCCAUAGAAAUAUGCAAGUAAUUAUAGGGCAAUCGACGAACUAGUUUAUCCGAAGGCAGGAUACCAACUGUUAGCAUGAACUAGUUAGGUGAAACUUUGAACACCAGCAGAAUGUGGUUUUAUGUAGGAACAGUGAAAUGCGAUGCUUACAUGAUUGAGGAUUAUGCUCAGAUGAUAUCCAUAGGAGAUUGAUAGGUUGCAUCCAUGUUUUUCAAGGAGGUGGUAUCCCGUUUAGUUGGUUCGUUCAGUGACCGCUGCCGUUUGAUAUAUGGACCGGGAGUCCGAGUCCUUGAGAAUUCCUAUGAGCACAAGGCAUGAAAAAAGCUUCUCUCUUUUAACCAGAACCCGAUAUAUACUGAAAAGAACCCCUUGUCCAUCAAGUCUUAGGUAGAUAAAAAAUGAACAUUCUGAGCACAUGAAGUGGUUGCUCUUGUUUUCUUGUAUUCGCAGCCUCUCUUUCCAUCUCAUUGAUUGUAAUCCCAAGGCUAUAAGUAGGCAAAUUUUUACUCAAUUCAGAUGUAUGAUUUAUCGCGGAAUGAAAUGAAAAAGUCAGCGGACUUUCACUUGAC